CGCUCUUGCGGAUGGGGAGCUUGUUGUUCUCUCAGCCUUCUUCUCCUCCUGUCCGCUUCACUUGGUGGGCAGUUCUCCCGUCUCGGUUUUCACUCUUGAUUAUAAAGGAGGAGUUUGCAGCACAGAGGCGCUUAUACUCCAAGUGGCCUGAAUAAACUGUGGCAGAGACUGUGUGAUCCGGGACAGUAGACUGACCUCACUUAGUGUUUGAUUUGGGCAAAAGAAGGAGCUGAUAAAAACAGGCAACAUGGCUGUGGCUGGCUGUACGAAAUGCAUAAAAUAUAUGCUAUUUUUCUUUAAUUUUAUUUUCUGGCUGGCCGGAGGCGUGAUCUUAGGAGUGGCUCUGUGGCUCCGCCAUGACAGUCAAACCAGCAACCUCCUCAUACUGCAGUUUGAAGGCCAGCAGGCACCAGGCACCUUCUAUAUCAGUGUGUACAUACUGAUAGCUGUUGGAGCUGUGAUGAUGCUUGUGGGCUUCCUCGGAUGUUACGGCGCCAUUCAAGAAUCUCAGUGCCUGUUGGGGACAUUCUUCUUCUUUUUGGUGAUUCUCUUUGCUUGUGAAGUGGCUGCAGCGAUGUGGGGUUUCAUGAACAGGGACACAAUCUCCAAAGAGCUGAUCAACUUCUACGACUCUGCGUACAUCAAAGCUGUGGACGUCUCAGGAUCUCCCAGCAAAGACUCUGCCAUCAAGGUGCUGGAUGUUUUCCACACCACGCUCGACUGCUGUGGUAAAGGAGACGACACUGCUCUCUUCAAACAAGUCACUGGCACCCUGUGUCCCAGAAAGUCUGCAGAUGAUUUUCUGACUAAAUCUCAGAGCUGUCAUGACAGACUGAUCGAGCUGUUCUCUGAGAAGCUCUACCUGAUUGGUCUGGCUGCCUUGGUGGUUGCUGUCAUCAUGAUCUUUGAGAUGAUCUUCACCAUGGUGCUCUGCUGCGGGAUCCGUAACAGCCCUGGAGUUUACUAGAAGUCCAGCCAACAAGCAACACCAGCCUUUAACAGAAUUAUUUUAUUAUGUGUUUCUAUGCAUCAGCUCCUCUUUCUUAUAACACGACAAGAUGGAUAUCUCUCUUUUUAAUCUAGACUAGAACAUACAGCUUGUUUUUAAUAUUGCUAAUCCAUCAACACUCUCCACACAAUUAUUAAGCUUCUUUUAGUUCUUUAUUUAUCACACACAUGAAUCUUUUAUACAUACGGUAUGUUGUGAAAUAUUUCUCCGAGGUCAUAAUGCUGUUUUUAUGGAUGUAUAAAUUGUAUAUAUGCAGUACUUGUCGUAUGUUAAUAACACUUAGGAGAGUGCAUGUAUUCCCUGACUGAUUGUUUGUGAAACAGUGUUAUAAUAUAAUUUAAGCAGCAGGAGUUCAGUGGUCUGAGAUAAUGUACUGUCUUACUUAUCAGGAGUUAGAUGUGUGUUUUUUAGUCGACCCUUCUUCGCGCCUAAUGAACCAUCUUCACGCUGUCUUUUCUUUAUUAACUUGUGAAGCACUCGUCUUUGAAUAAACAAUAAUGCGAGUG